AACACGACUGAUGUGAAUAAUGUUAUAAUAACCCAGAAAUAAACAUAUUGUUUGUUUCGGUUUUAUGCCAUGGAUAGUAUGGAAGACAGUGGAUUUGAUAGUGAUCAAAAAUCAAUGCUCAACGGAGGCUGUGAAUCACAGAAUACUAAACCUUCCUCAUCAGUAUCCUCAGCCAGUUACUCGGAUGCCAGGACACAGAGUAAUGCACAAAGGAAAUCUUCACAGCUGCAAAAGAAAAUAGAGAGACACAGAGAAAAUGCUAGGAAGGCUAAAGUUGUAAAUCAGCAGCCCAGCAAAAAUACCUUCAUGAUGCCUAGAAGUCGGCUGAUGAUCCCCCCUAAAUCUGAUUCACAGCCAAGACCUCUUGACCAGCAGCCGUUAGUUGCUAUUAUGACUGAUGAUGAGAGUGAUGAUGAUGACUUUGAGUCUCCAAUGUUAUCACGAGGUGCUAACAAAGACAUUACCCAGCAGUUAAUUAAGGAUGGCUAUAACCUUGACCUUGAACCUGAUGAUGAGGACCUUGACCUUAUUCCUCCACGACCUAUGAAUGAACGAUGUAUGUGUUGUCAGAAUUAUACAGGAACAUGUUCUAUACAAUGAUGAAAGUGUAAAACUCCAGCUGUAAAGAGGAUCGUCUGAUAAAUUGAGGGAGACAUAUAUAUAUAUAUAUAUUUUUGUUGCACAAAUUAUACAAUUAUAGAUCUAGAGCUUUAAAAGAGGGGUUAACUGUAUACUGUAAUAAUGUUUCAUAGAAAAACAAAAUGUGAAUUAUAAAUGUGAUUCGAUUGCAGUUUACUAAUCAUUUUAAUCUGGUUUUGUUUAUGACAAGUUUCUUUGGGUUCACUAGGUCCUAAGGACCAAGUUGAACUGAAAUAAGUUGUAGUCUCUGCUGCCUAGGUAUAACUGAGGUAACAAGUCUCAAAAUAGUUGACAUAUUCCAGCCAAAUAUAACAAAGUCUUGUUAGGGGAUAAUGAUUUAAAAAUGUAUGUCUAGAGCUGCUGAUUCCUGAUAAAGACAAGGCUACAGAACUUUAGCUCGAGGGGUUUAAAGACAAGGCUACAGAACUUUAGCUCGAAGGGUUUAAAGACAAGGCUACAGAACUUUAGCUCGAGGGGUUUAAAGACAAGGCUACAGAACUUUAGCUCGAAGGGUUUAAAGACAAGGCUACAGAACUUUAGCUCGAAGGGUUUAAAGACAAGGCUACAGAACUUUAGCUCGAGGGGUUUAAAGACAAGGCUACAGAACUUUAGCUUGAGGGGUUUAAAGACCAGGCUACAGAACUUUAGCUCGAGGGGUUCCAUCUCGGACUGUAUGAAAUGGCUGAAAACUACUGAUCUGAAAUUCUAUAAACAGAAAGACAUUACUGAGAUAUAUAUAAUGCAUUUAUUACCAUAAGAGGGUUCAUCUAGUUAUUGUUAUUACUAUUAUUUUGGUGAAAUGAAUUUUUAAAUGUAGUUUAU